AUGUGUCAUUCAGUUACCUGGUACUUCGCCAUGUGCCAGCACCAAGACCCGGAUGCAACAUCCCUGAUUGCGUGCCACGAAGCCUUCAAAAAGGGCUACACUUGCACCGAAGAGCACCAAAUCACAACCCCUUUCCCGCUUGAAGGGAGUUGUCUGCAAUGCAGACUUGAUCAGCUAAUGCGACGCCAACAUAUCUCCCGCGGAUUGCGGACACAGCGUCGCUGGUCUGCAAUAUGCGAGGCGUUCCAAUAUAGCGACGAAGAUGGCCGGAGUAUCAGUGACAGCGAUGCUGAGGAACUUGACAUGCAAACGCGGAUCUCCCAGUCUCCCGGACUGUCUCGUAGAGCUGAGAACCGGGAGACUCGUGCGUCGUUCCACAGGGGUCCGUCGCGCAUACCGACCCUAGUGCAACCAUCCCCGCCUCACUUAUCUCACGUAGCUGUGGCUGAGUAUGCUGAUGAUUACACAGGUCAUGAAGAGGAGUCUAGCCCCGAGCCUUUGCAGGGCCACCCCCAGCCCCAGACGAACCGAAGCUGGUGGUCUCGGAUUCCAGUUCCUACUAGGUCGGUGCGCAACCAGUAG